UGACUCGAGUGGUGGGAAUAAGUUUGGUUGCUAAUGGAGAGACAUAGCCAAUCACAGUUGAGACAGCUGCUUGCUAUUGGUGGAUCUAGCGGAAAUUAGCGGAAAUGAGAUAGAAGAAAUACGCUGAUUGGCUUGGACAGGUUAAAGGAGAAUCAAGUUUCCGGAAGAUUCCAGAAGCGUCUUUCUCGAAGGUCAUAAAUACGAGGCGCAGCCGAAAUUUGGUCAUUGUCAGAUACGUUGCGAAGCGAAGUACAAGUCUUAAAUUUUAACCAAAUAUUAACCUCGUGUUAAAUUAACUUUUUUUAAUUCAAUCAUACUUAGACAAGGAAAUUAAUUACAAUGGCAACAAAAGCACCAGCAAUUGGAAUUGAUUUAGGCACAACCUAUUCAUGUGUUGGAGUUUUCCAACAUGGAAAAGUUGAAAUCAUCGCCAAUGAUCAAGGAAACAGAACUACACCAAGUUAUGUUGCAUUCACCGACACUGAACGUCUCAUCGGUGAUGCUGCCAAAAACCAGGUCGCCAUGAAUCCAAACAACACCAUUUUCGAUGCCAAACGUUUGAUUGGUCGUCGUUUUGAUGAUGCAACUGUCCAAGCUGAUAUGAAGCAUUGGCCAUUUGAAGUUAUCAGUGAUGGUGGUAAACCAAAAAUCCAAGUCAACUACAAGGGCGAGAACAAGAACUUCUUCCCAGAAGAAGUCAGUUCAAUGGUCCUUGUUAAAAUGAAGGAAACUGCCGAAGCAUACCUUGGACAAACAGUAAGCAAUGCUGUUAUCACAGUUCCAGCUUAUUUCAAUGACUCCCAACGUCAAGCAACCAAGGAUGCUGGUACAAUCUCCGGAUUGAAUGUACUCCGUAUCAUCAAUGAACCCACCGCAGCUGCAAUUGCUUAUGGCCUUGACAAAAAAGCAGUCGGUGAACGUAACGUUCUGAUUUUCGAUUUGGGUGGUGGUACCUUUGAUGUUUCAAUCUUAACAAUUGAAGAUGGUAUCUUUGAAGUUAAAUCAACUGCUGGUGAUACUCAUUUGGGUGGUGAAGAUUUUGACAACAGAAUGGUCAAUCAUUUUGUUCAAGAAUUUAAACGUAAAUACAAAAAAGAACUUACUGCCAACAAGAGAGCACUCAGAAGAUUGAGAACAGCAUGUGAACGUGCAAAGAGAACUUUGUCAUCAUCAACACAGGCCAAUAUUGAAAUUGAUUCACUCUAUGAGGGUAUUGAUUUCUAUACAUCAAUUACACGUGCACGUUUUGAAGAACUUUGUGCUGAUCUUUUCAGAGGUACACUUGAACCUGUUGAAAAAUCACUUCGUGAUGCUAAAAUGGACAAAGCUAUCAUUCAUGAUAUUGUUCUUGUUGGUGGAUCAACCAGAAUUCCAAAAAUUCAAAAACUUCUUCAAGAUUUCUUCAAUGGUAAAGAACUCAACAAAUCCAUCAAUCCUGAUGAAGCUGUUGCCUAUGGUGCUGCUGUUCAAGCUGCUAUUCUUCAUGGUGAUAAAUCAGAAGCUGUACAAGAUCUUCUUCUUCUUGAUGUUACACCAUUGUCAUUGGGAAUUGAAACAGCUGGUGGUGUUAUGACUGCUCUUAUUAAGAGAAACACAACCAUUCCAACAAAACAAACUCAAACAUUCACAACAUAUGCUGAAAAUCAACCAGGUGUAUUGAUUCAAGUUUAUGAAGGUGAACGUGCCAUGACAAAAGACAACAAUCUUCUUGGCAAAUUUGAACUUUCUGGAAUUCCACCAGCACCACGUGGUGUACCACAAAUUGAGGUUACAUUUGAUAUUGAUGCUAAUGGUAUUCUUAAUGUAUCAGCCAUUGAUAAAUCAACUGGUAAAGAAAAUAAAAUCACCAUUACCAAUGACAAAGGUCGUCUUAGCAAAGAAGAUAUUGAACGUAUGGUCAAUGAAGCUGAAAAAUACAAAAAUGAAGAUGAAAAACAAAAAGAUACUAUUUCAUCUAAAAAUGGUCUUGAAUCAUAUUGCUUCAGCAUGAAGAGCACAGUUGAAGAUGAAAAAUUAAAAGACAAAAUCAGCUCAAGUGAUAAACAAGUUGUUCUUGAUAAAUGCAAUGAAAUCAUCAAAUGGCUUGACCAAAAUCAACUUGCUGACAAAGAAGAAUAUGAACACAAGCAAAAAGAACUUGAAUCAAUUUGCAAUCCAAUUGUCACCAAGUUGUACCAAGGUAGUGGUGGUAUGCCAGGAGGUAUGCCAGGUGGUAUGCCAGGUGCUGGUGGUGCUGCUCCAGGUGGUGCUCCAACAUCAGGUGCCGGACCAACCAUUGAAGAGGUCGAUUAAAUAAUUUCUCUUUUAAAUUUUAAAAAAAAAAAAAACAUCAACUUUUUUUUCAUUCUACAAUCAACAAUUCCAUCGUUGCAUCAUUUUUUUUUCUUAUUUUUUUUUAUUUUUUUUUCUUAUUUUUAUGCUCUGUGAUGUUAUAGUCUUAGCGAAAAUCAUUCGAUUUGAUAAAUAAAUAACAAGCGUCAAAAUUGAA